AUGCACAAAACCAGAACCCACAAGCAUAGGCCCAGGCGCCCGGUCUGGGGCGACUGGAGCGACUGGAUUUGGUCUCCUGAACACGGCACUUACUAUCGUGCCCGCCAGGAUUCAGACGGUAAUUGCGAGUACGACUUUCACCCUGGAGGUGGUGCGACUGCCGACGAGAUCCCCCGGCAAGCUCAAGCUGCAGCCGGAGAUCCAAGCAUUGAGGACAUCACCCACGGCAUAAACCAACUAUCUGCCACGUCCUAUUCAUACUCUCCCGAGAGCGCUUACGCUCAUAGCUCGGAAAGCCCAGGGGGUCCGUCUGAACAGGCCGAGUACUCCUACACGCAGUCGAGGCAUGAUCCCGACGAAGAAGCGGUCGAGUCAGUUGAUCAAAAGGGGGAAGAGGCGGCCGAGCCAGUUGGUGAGAAGGGGAAAGAGAAGGAGGAGCCCUCUUACGACAACGACGAGACUGGAGUAGACGAUGUGAGACUUAAUAGAGCGGAGUCGACAGUAGCUGCGGCUUAUGGAUUGGACCAGGGCCAGUCGGCAGCAGAAAUUGACGACGACGCCGCUCUCCAGGCGGCAAUCAAUCUCAGUCGGGGUUUGAAUCAGUCGCGCGCGGGGGAAUCAUCAUCGACGGGGCAAGUGUACGCCUACGAGCCAUGUGAGGUGGGGGAGGACGAAGGUCCGUCAACGCCGAAGCCAUUCGACAUCAGGGGCACAGGAGGAGAGAUUGAGGCGCUUGAUCCACGAUACGUUGUUGAGCCAUCCAGCAGGUUUCAGCCGGGCGAGGUCUUCAAAGUCCUCUGGGCAGAACCGUCGGGAAACGUUGGUGGAACACCCACCAUUUCAGAUAAGAGGGCGUUGCAGGAUCAAUAUGGGGGCGCGAUUUAUGUGGGAUUCAGGCGGUACAUCGUCAUUGGGAACGAUGAAGGCCACUGCACUUGCGUGCCCAUCCUCACCUACGGAGGAAAAGCCUGCAAAAAGAAAGGAGUCAAGCCCCACAAGCACGGCAUUAUCUACGUUCAGGGCCACAGGCCGAAGCCGUUGGACAACGAGCCGAAGCUGGGAUUUUCGCCGGCACGGAUGAAAAUCGAAGCCGAAGGCGAGAAGCUGGCCAAGGAGUCCCGAGCCAACUACUCGAAACUGGUGACGGUGGAGCACAAUGUCAAGGUGUUCUUCAUCGGCCACAUCAUCCCCGAGGACUGGGAUAUUGUCCUCGACGCCGUCGACAAGUGCUGGGAGAACAAAAUUAAGCACCAACGCAGGAAGACCCGCAAGUGA